AUGGACCCCCUCUUGGCCCACAUCACUGACACUUCAGUCAUCAUCAAGAUGAACAACAGCCAGGAUCUGAACGUGGACUGCACUGUGGCUGAGAUAAGGGCUCAGUAUGAUGACAUUGCCAGCUGUAGCCAGGCCAAGGCUGAGUCCUGGUACCACAGCAAAUGCGAGGAGAUAAAGGCAACUGUGCAGAACCACGUGCGGAGCCUGCGGCACAGCAAGGAAGAUCUGAACAGGCUGAACCAGGCCAUCCAGCGGCUGGCGGUGCGGUCCUGUGAACUAGAGACAACCAAGGAACGGCUGGAGGGUGCCUCAGGCAGUGCCAAAGGCAAGCUGGCCUGGCUGGAGGCCGCCCUGCAGCAGGCCAAGGAGGACAUGGUGCGGCAGCUGCGCGAGUACCAGGAGCUGAUGGUUGUGAAGCUGGGCCUGGACUUUGAGAUCGCCACCUACCGCAAGCUGCUGCAGGGCGAGGAGCAACGGCUUGGCCUGGGAUCUGGGGCCGGGAGCGUGGCCCCGGGGACCGCUCCGGACUCGGGCCCCGCCCGCCCGCUCCCGCCCGGAGCCGACCCCGGCCUCCUGGAGACGAGCGCCCCUGGCGGCGGCUGCGCGCUCUGCGGCUCCCCUGGCUGUGCCAGCGACUUCAGCUGCCGCGGCUCCCGCGAAUAUUGA